GUAGGCAUUACACAGGAAGGGAGACGGAGAAGGAGACGGGACGCCCUCCUCCUCCUCUUCCUCCUCCUCCUCCUCUUCCUCCAGUUUCUUGGCGGAUAACGGUUUUCAAGAAGUUGUCCAGACAAAAGACAGAGGGGCUGUCAUCCGAGCUGCGUUCAUGCAGCCUCCCCAUGCCGUUCCUGCUGCGCUACACUCAGGAAAGAGCGGCCGGCUGAGCGCAGAUCAUGGAGGAUUUGGGAGGGCCUGAGCCACCUAACUACCCUCUAAGUCCUCGUAUUGUUGUGUUUGACGCCCUCCUUGCUGAUUUGGAGAACAGCGGCGCUCCUCUUCCUCGAUGUCCUGUCUUGCUCACCUCAGAACCUCCACAAAAUGCGGAUUCCUCCACCCAGGACAUCAGCGAGACUCGGCCUCCUCCACCUGCCUACACCCCCCAGCAGACCGUUUCUGCUGCAAUGAAGUCCUCACAGAACUCAAAUCCUGACAAGUUAUACAGCACAGUGUGUAAACCGCGCUCUCCUCGCGCAGCAGAUCCUCCGCCCGCCUUCUCCUCCUCUUCACUCUUAGGUGGAGGUCUGAGUGAGCUGGACCAUCUGCUGCAGGAGCUGAACGCCACCCAGUUUAACAUCACAGAUGAGAUUCUGGCUCAGUUUCCUUCAUCUGACAAAGAUGAGAAGGACAAGAUCAAGGAGAAGACCUCCACCUCCAGCUCAGCAAAACCCUCAGCCACGUCAGCCACAUUGGAACUGGACAAGCUAAUGGCGUCGCUGUCAGACUUCAGAGUCCAGAGCACACCACCAGCUCCCGUCACCCCAGUGGUUAAAACACAGCAGCAGCCCCCUGCGCCCCCUCAGGCCGCUGUUCCAGCCCAACCCACAGCUGGAGGAUCGCUGGACAGCAUGCUGGGGCUCCUGCAAUCAGACCUGAGCCGACAAGGCGUUCAGACGUCCUCCAAGGGAAACUGUUCGGCGUGUCAAAAGCCGGUUGUGGGACAGGUGGUGACAGCUCUGGGGAAGGUGUGGCACCCAGAGCACUUUGUCUGCACGGAGUGCGAGACUGAACUGGGCAGCCGCAACUUCUUCGAGAAGGACGGUCGGCCGUACUGCGAGUCUGACUACUUCACACUCUUCUCCCCCCACUGCGCUCACUGCAGUAAACCCAUCCUGAACAAAAUGGUCACUGCUCUGGACAAGAACUGGCACCCGGAGUGUUUUUGCUGUGUCAAAUGCAGUCGCACCUUUGGAGACGAGGGUUUUCAUGACCGUGAGGGACAGCAGUAUUGUCAGCAGUGCUUCCUGACUCUCUUUGCCUCCCGCUGUCAAGGCUGCAGCCAGCCCAUUCUGGAAAACUACAUCUCAGCUCUCAACUCCCUGUGGCACCCACAGUGCUUUGUGUGCAGGGAGUGCUACAGCCCGUUUGUGAACGGCAGCUUCUUCGAACACGAGGGCAAGCCGCUGUGUGAAGCCCACUACCACCAGUCGCGUGGCAGCAUGUGCCACGCCUGCCAGCAGCCCAUCCUGGGCCGCUGCGUCACUGCCAUGGGGGCCAAGUUCCACCCCCAUCACCUCGUGUGCCAUUUCUGCCUAAAGCCCCUCAGCAAGGGUUGCUUUAAAGAGCAGGAGAACAAGCCAUACUGCCACCCCUGCUUCAUCAAGCUCUUUGGUUGAGGACAAAGACAAAUGUAACUGUUUUUUCUAAAUAUGACUACAACCAAGAUUGUAAACAAUUUGUCUCAAAAAAGUACAUUUCUGAAGUACAAAAUUUAAGAUGGAUAUUUGUUUAAAGACAUGGAUGACACUGUUAAAUUCCCUUUAUAAUAUUUGCUUUUUUGCUACAAAUAUACAUGUCACAGCAGAUGCAUUCAUGUACAAUAUGCGGCAGCUUUUUGCUUUCAUUUACACCAUAUGUUUAAAAGCAGAAGUUUUGCUUUUUUUUAUUUUUCACCACUCCUCUCCACUGCUUGGAUGGGAAACAAAUUUUUAAAGAAUAAAAAUGAUGACAAUUUA